AGAAAAAUUGUCUCUUAUCUUAUCUUUACGUAAUAUUAUGUGAAAGACGAUGUUUCUACGACAACUACGUGAUGAUAUAGAUGUAUUGGCCAAACAUGUACACAUCCUUUGGAUGCAACUAAGAUACGAAUGCAAAUUUUAAGAACUUCUUUGAGAGAUACGAUAUACAGAACUUACCAAGAACAUGGAGUACGUGGAUUCUAUGUCGGUUGGACUCCGGCUAUACUUCGACAAUUAACAUACACUACGACAAGACUUGGUGUAUAUAACACGCUCUAUGAUUUGAUCUCAUCAUACGUUGGUCGUUUAAAUUAUCCUACGAUGGUCACCAUUGGAAUGUUCUCUGGUAUUUGUGGUGCGUUAGUUGGAACGCCGGCCGAUUUAAUUUAUGUUCGUAUGGUAGGUGAUGCGCAAUUACCACCUGAGAAGCGGCGGAAUUACAGACACGUUUUCCACGGGCUGUCGGACAUUUGGAAAACAGAGGGUGUUCAGGGAUUAUGGAGAGGAGCUCUACCAACUGUGACCAGAGCAAUGAUCGUGAAUGGAGCGCAGUUAGGCACCUAUAGUAGAGUGAAAAUAAUGUGGAAAGACACAGGUUUAUUCGAAGAAGGCAUAUUAUUGUCAUUCUGUUCAGCGAUGAUAUCUGGAUUCGUGAUGUCUGUGCUGUCAGUGCCUGUGGAUGUAGCUAAAACUAGAAUACAAACUUGGACUUUACCGUCGAAACCACCCGGGAUCAUCGCUGCGAUCGCUACCAUAGCAAGAACCGAAGGAGUAACAUCGAUGUGGCGUGGAUUUCUACCAUACUACAGCAGAGCAGCUCCCAAUGCUGUAAUUACCAUGGUGACACUUGAUAAGUUAAGACAAAUAUAUCGUAUACUCUUUCUACAACCCAUUGAGUGAUAUUUUUAUAAAAGUUUCUUGCAAACAACAACAACAAUAAUAAAAUCUUACACGAUUUUAUUUUAUGUAUUCGCCAUUUUUUUUUAUAAUAAAUACUUGAUUACGUUAUCAUUUACAAUGCAGAGAAAAAACGAUAUAUUCAUGCAAAUUGAAUUCUUUCCUAGCAAUAUGCAGACUGAUAUUGCGAGCUUGAAGGUGACACUAUAUUAGCUUAAAAUAUUGCGGUGCAUGCAAGAAAAUACACUCUAGCGUUAUUUUUAAAAGUUUGUCUUAUUACUAGAGAAUUGUAAAUAAGUAACUAAAUGAAUAUAAUUGUUUAUUCAUAAAUAUAUCAAUCUUGUCGUACAUGCCACUUGAAUAUUCGUAUACAAUAAAAGAUUCAUAUACAAUUAAUGCUCGUAUACAAUACAAUGCGGUACAAUACAGUACGCAAUAUAAUAUGUAUACACAUAUAUAAGAAAGCAGACAUUAAAAUAUUUUCUGUGCUUGCUAUAUAUCUAUGUCGCGUAUCGUCUAUACAUUUUUGCAAUUUGUUCAUUAAUGAU